UUGAGGGACUCAGGCCAGUGGAAGGAGACGUGUUGCCCCACCCCGUAGAGAAGCAGCAGUAAGAGCAGCAACCAUCAGCCAAGGAAGACCAGCUGCGUUUCCACAGAGACCUGGGCAGGGCAGCCCUGCCAAAGCAGACGGAGGGGCUGCGGGCUGUUCGCCGAGUGGGUCCCAAGAGUGGAGCAAGCCGAGUGGCUAGCGAGGAUGCUCGGCGUCUGCCGCCCGUCUUCGCCGCCGUUGCUGUUGCUGUUCCCGCUACUGCUACUGCCCGGAGGGGCGCUCAGGAGCGGGCUGGGUGGCACGGUAGCGAGCGAAGUGAAUUUAUUGGAUUCAAGAUCAGUUAUGGCAGAUCUUGGAUGGAUUGCAUAUCCAAAGAAUGGGUGGGAAGAAAUUGGUGAGGUGGAUGAAAAUUAUGCACCAAUCCACACAUAUCAAGUGUGCAGAGUGAUGGAACAGACUCAGAAUAAUUGGCUUUUGACAAGCUGGAUCUCUAACAAAGGAGCCUCGCGGAUCUUCAUUGAACUAAAAUUUACCCUUAGAGACUGUAACAGCCUUCCAGGAGGUCUUGGAACUUGCAAAGAGACUUUUAAUAUGUAUUACUUUGAAUCUGAUUAUGAAGAUGGGAGGAAUGUGAAAGAAAACCAAUACAUCAAGAUUGAUACCAUUGCAGCAGAUGAGAGUUUUACAGAAUUAGAUCUUGGAGAUAGAGUCAUGAAGCUAAAUACAGAGGUGAGAGAUGUUGGACCUCUAACCAAAAAGGGCUUUUACCUUGCUUUCCAGGAUGUGGGUGCCUGCAUUGCACUGGUAUCUGUCCGGGUCUAUUACAAAAAAUGCCCUCUGGUGAUUCGAAACCUUGCCAUCUUUCCUGACACCAUCACUGGAGCUGAUUCUUCACAGCUACUAGAAGUCUUAGGGUCAUGCGUGAACAAUUCAGUGACUGAUGAACCCCCACGGAUGCAUUGCAGUGCUGAAGGGGAAUGGCUGGUGCCUAUUGGAAAAUGCCUAUGUAAGGCAGGAUAUGAGGAGAAGAACAGCACCUGUCAGGCAUGCCAGCUGGGUUUCUUUAAAAAUUCAUCCCAAACUCAAGGAUGCACCAAAUGCCCUCCACACAGUUUCACACGUGAAGAAGCAUCAACAUCCUGUAUUUGUGAAGAGAAUUAUUUCCGAAAGGAAUCUGAUCCACUCACUAUGGCUUGUACAAGACCCCCCUCUGCACCUCGGAGUGCCAUCUCAAAUGUUAACGAAACUAGUGUCUUUCUGGAAUGGAUUCCUCCUGCUGAUUCUGGUGGAAGGAAAGAUGUGUCUUAUUAUAUUGCAUGCAAGAAGUGCAACUGGCACUCUGGGCUCUGUGAGGCAUGUGGCAGUCAUGUCAGGUACCUUCCACAUCAAAACAACCUGAAAAACACCUCUGUGAUGAUGGUAGACCUGCUUUCUCACACAAAUUAUACCUUUGAAAUUGAGGCAGUGAAUGGUGUGUCCGGCCAGAAUCCAGCAACACGGCACUUUGUUUCAGUCAAUGUAACCACAAACCAGGCAGCACCAUCUCCAAUCAUGAAUGUGAAACAAGGGAAAGUCGCCAAAAAUAGCAUUUCAUUCUCCUGGCAGGAACCAGAUCGACCCAAUGGCAUCAUUCUGGAAUACGAAAUCAAAUAUUUUGAAAAGGAUCAGGAGACCAGUUAUACCAUCAUCAAAUCCAAGCAGACAAGAAUUACAGCUGAUGGCUUGAAACCGGCUUCAGUAUACGUUUUCCAGAUUCGUGCUCGUACCUCAGCCGGUUAUGGUGGCUUCAGUCGAAGAUUUGAGUUUAAAACGAGCCCAGUGUUAGUUGCAUCUAGCGAUCAGCGUCAGAUCCCUAUAAUUGCUGUAUCUGUUACUAUGGGAGUGAUUCUUUUGGCUGUUGUAAUUGGUUUCCUUCUCAGUGGAAGGCGGUGUGGCUAUAGCAAAGCUAAACAAGAUCCUGAAGAAGAAAAAAUGCACUUUCAUAAUGGUCACAUUAAACUACCAGGAGUAAAGACCUAUAUUGAUCCACAUACCUAUGAAGACCCUAAUCAAGCUGUUCAUGAAUUUGCCAAAGAAAUAGAAGUGUCAUACAUAUCAAUUGAGAGAGUUAUUGGAGCUGGUGAAUUUGGCGAAGUAUGCAGUGGGCUCUUGAAACUUCCUGGGAAAUGUGAGUUGCCAGUGGCCAUUAAAACCCUGAAAGUGGGCUACACUGAGAAACAAAGACGGGAUUUCUUGGGAGAAGCAAGCAUAAUGGGGCAGUUUGAUCAUGCCAACAUUAUACACUUGGAAGGCGUGGUAACAAAGAGUAAACCAGUCAUGAUUGUAACUGAAUAUAUGGAAAAUGGAUCCUUGGAUACAUUUUUAAAGAAGAAUGAUGGGCACUUUACUGUAAUUCAGUUGGUUGGUAUGCUCCGAGGAAUAGCAUCCGGGAUGAAGUAUUUGUCUGACAUGGGAUAUGUGCAUAGAGACUUGGCUGCCAGAAAUAUCCUAAUCAACAGUAAUUUAAUGUGUAAAGUGUCAGACUUUGGACUGUCUCGAAUUCUUGAAGACGAUCCUGAAGCUGCUUACACAACAAGGGGAGGGAAAAUCCCAAUCCGAUGGACAGCUCCUGAAGCUAUAGCCUUCCGCAAAUUUACCUCUGCCAGUGAUGUCUGGAGCUAUGGGAUUGUGAUGUGGGAAGUAGUGUCCUAUGGAGAGAGACCCUACUGGGAGAUGACCAAUCAAGAUGUGAUUAAGGCUGUUGAAGAAGGCUAUCGUUUGCCAAGUCCCAUGGACUGCCCAGCUGCUCUCUAUCAGCUAAUGUUAGAUUGCUGGCAGAAGGACCGAAAUAGCAGGCCCAAAUUUGAUGAAAUAGUCUGCAUACUGGAAAAGCUCAUUCGGAAUCCUAGUAGCCUGAAAACAUUGGUGAACACAUCAAGCAGAAUUUCAAAUUUAUUAGGGGAACACAGCCCACUUGGAAAUGGUGUCUACAGAUCUGUAGGUGAAUGGCUGGAAGCCAUCAAAAUGGGACGGUACACAGAGAUUUUCAUGGAAAAUGGAUACAGUUCCAUGGAUGCUGUGGCUCAGGUGACACUGGAGGAUUUGAGGCAUCUUGGAAUCACACUUGUUGGGCACCAGAAGAAGAUAAUGAACAGCCUUCAAGAAAUGAAGGUCCAGCUGGUAAAUAGGAUGGUGCCACUGUAA